AUGGCAAUUGAAAUUAUCAACUUUAAUCAACUCAUCCAAAGACAAUCUUUGGAUAGAUUCCCAACCACACUAUUCCCAACCAACUAUUUCUACAUUGCCUUUUGUAUCAUUGUUUUCUUAUAUACCAUCCAAAAGCGUGACAAGAAGUCAUCAAGUCGCUUUAUGGAAAUACUUUCAUCCAAUCAAUCAAUCAGUAUUUUAGAAAUCAACUUUAACAAUCGUAUUGUUAAAACCAAUAAUAGUUCAGUAUCACUUGAACAAUUCUGUCAAUCAUAUCUCAUCGACUCAAUCACCCUCCAAAACAAUAUCAUCUCAUCAAUGAAUCAAUUUUCACCAAGUGACGUUCAAAUCAAGAGCAAGAGCUGCUCUUCCUAUUACCGUCUUACUGGAAAGUAUGAUGCUUCGACCAAUGUCUUCCAAGGAAUCAUGAUUGACAACAGCCAAGAGAAACAACAACUCAAGAAGCUCAAGAAUACCUUGACCCACGAUGCACUCACUGGUCUCCAAAAUAGAUACCACCUCAACAACAAGAUCCAAAAGUUUUGUGCCAAGUCUUCAUCUGAACAAUGCUCAAUCUACUUUAUCGAUCUCAACAAAUUCAAACAAAUCAACGAUACCCAUGGACACGACAAUGGUGACGUUGUCCUCAGAUCAGUUGCCGAUCGUUUCCAACAAUUCGCCGACGAGUCAGUUCUCCCAGUCCGCCUUUCUGGCGAUGAAUUCCUCAUUGUCAAGCGCAAUGUAGAAUCAAACACACAAGCUGACCAAUUCAUUUCCAGCUACCUCUCAAGUGUCCAAUGCGACACUGUCCAACUCAACAACUCCACCUCAAUCAUAGUAACUCUUUCCUUUGGAGGUGUUGUGUUCAACAAAUCACAAUCAACUCAAACCGACAAGUUGAUUAAAUGUGCCGAUGAAAGAAUGUAUCAAAUGAAGAAGAACCUUUUACCAAACGGCAAUGCUACCGUUACCUUUACCGAUAUUUAA